AUGUCUCAAAACCGAGGCAAGAAAAAGAAGCAGGAGGUGGAGGAGGAAGAAAAGACGUCCCCAACCCCGUCCUCGUCCCCCGGUGACACGGACGCCGCGGCAGCCGCGACCUCCCAGCCUCCCGCCCAGCCACAUCUUCCACCACACAAACCUGCCGCUCAAACUCCACCGCCUCUCAAGCCCGAUGCAACUUACCAGAUCUUCCGGGAGUGGCGACGUCGUUGGCAGGAUUAUGCAACGAUGGUGGAUUUGUCUAGCCUACCGCAGGACAAACAACUUAUCCAGUUACGUAUGUGCCUGACCCUUGAAACACUACGAGUACUUGAGCACACCCUGCAGAUACCUCCUUCCACAGACAAGCCUGUUCACGAGGUAUUGGAUGCUCUGGAGUCACACAUCAAGGGCCUGCGGAACGAGGCAUUACGUAGGAGAGAGUUGCUCAGCUGCAGGCAGUUGGAAGGGGAGUCAUUUGCUGAUUUUUACGUCAGGCUGCGACGCAUCGCCGAGGAAGUUGACAUAUGUCCUGGCAAGUCAUCCAAGUGCGAGGAAACCCAACUCAAGAUGGUGAUCGUGAUGGGCAUUCGGGAUGAAGAGCUAGUUCAACGACUCAUAUCCCUGGACGACUCAUGCUCUCUUCAGGAAGUCGUUAAUACAUGCCGCUCCUACGAGGCCGCCAGGUGCGCGACCACUGCUAUUCGCGCCCCAGCAGAACGGGUGCGAGCCAUAUCACAUCAUCAGAAGAACAAGAAGCAGAAGAGUAGUAAGCAGUCUCCUCAGCACACGACAGCACCGAAGACAGUGGACACGUGCAAGAGCUGCGCAAGACAGCACGGUGCAGGACAGUGCCCAGCCGCUCAAAGCACCUGUCACUGCUGCGGUCGUCAGGGUCACUUUGCACGCACAGUCAAGUGUCCUGCUAACAACGCGCAGUGCCGCCUCUGUUCUCGGGUUGGACACUACGACUCCUGUUGCAAAUCAGCGCAGAAGGAGCAUCGCCAGAAGCCUAAACGAGGCGCUCCAAGUACUGACGGAGCUACCCCUGCCUCAAGCAAGCAGAACGACACGAAGCAGUACAGUUGUCGUCGUGUGGGAUCUCCUUCCUGCUCCAACUCCAAGACGCCCCAGCACAUCAGUGUCCUCCUCACGUACGGGGACGUGUCUUCACACCUGCAGAUGAUGCCUGACACAGGUGCUGACGUCUCAGUAAUCGGCCCACAACACUUAAAGAGUCUAGGUAUUCCACGGAGUCACCUACAUCCUCCACCACAGACAACGACGUUGACGGCGGAUGGUUCUGAAAUGGCUCCUGCUCUCGGCACGUUCACGGCCACCCUUACCUUAGGCAAGCGGUUUUGCUCUGCCAGGAUUCGAGUACAUGAGGGCAUCCAGACUCCACUCCUGUCUUAUGGCCAUUGCCAGGAGUUGGCCAUCAUCUCCAAAGACUUUCCAAAGCCAAUUUUGGAAGUCAAGCACGUCAACAGAUGUACAGAGCUCCCUGACUUCAGCACCACGUCACCUUCAGAAGCCAAGGUCUUCUUCCUGAAGGAGUUCCAGGAUGUUUUGGUGGACAAGGCAGCUCUGGGAUCCACACCACUGAAGACUAUGGUGGGUCCGCCCAUGAGGAUUCAUCUUAAGGAAGCCGCAGUACCAUUCGCCAUCCACACUCCUCGUCAGAUCCCCCUGGCCUUUAAGGACCAAGUCAAGGAAGAACUCGACUCCAUGGUGGCCCAAGGGAUCAUCAAGCCUGCCGGUGAUGAACCUUCGGACUGGUGCCAUCCGCUCGUCGCCGUUGCCAAGGCCAAUGGAGGAGUACGUAUCACCACUGACCUAUCCAAACUUAACAAGCAAGUGUCCCGCCCAGCCCACCCGUCACCUACACCCUUUGCUGCCAUUCGUAGCGUGGAUCCCAAAGCUCGCUACUUCACGACGGUGGACGCUCUCUGCGGCUUCUGGCAGAUCGAGUUAGCUGAGGAGGACCAGCACUUGACUACCUUCAUAACACCCUACGGCCGGUUCCAGUACUGCAGGGGACCGAUGGGCUUCGCGGCAACAGGCGACGCCUUUUGCCUUCGCGGUGACAUGGCUCUUCAAGGUGUCAAGAAUUGUGUCAAAGUGGUUGAUGACGUUCUACUGUAUGAUGCAGACUACAGUACACACCUCCACCGCAUUCACCAAGUACUCACCAGGUGCCGCGAGUUUGGGAUCACACUCAACAAGGACAAGUUCGUGGUCGCCGCACCUGAGGUGAACUUCUGCGGCUUCAAGCUCUCUGAGGCUGGCAUUGCGGCAGACCAGGAGAAAGUCAUUGCGAUCAGGGACUUUCCCACCCGGCUAACUUAA